AUGGCUUACGAACAGCGAAAGCUGCUUGAGCAGCUCAUGGGCAGAGAUGCUUUGGUGAAAUUACCGCGAGAUUAUGACGUGCGAAGGGUUCAAUCCUCAGAUCCUUCUGUGCUGGAUUCUCCAAAAGUGUGCAAGAGUUUCCUCGUAGGAAAAUGCCCGUACGACUUAUUCCAGGGCACCAAAGAGGACCGGGGCAAGUGCCCAAAAAUACACCAGGAGAAACUUAAGAUUCUAUACGAAACGUGUGUGAAAAACGGGGUGCGAAUGCCAAACGAUAAUUACAAACUCGAUUACAUGCGCGAUCUCGAAGGAGUGAUCAACGAAUGUAAUAGGAAAAUCAGAAUUGCAGAAAAAAGACUGGAGCUCUCUGUAGAGGAGAGGGAGAAACUCUCAAGCGUGACACAGGAGCUGGAUAAAUUAGACGAGCAGGUGAGCCUAAUGCUUCAGGAGAUCUCAUUACUGGUAGAAAAGGGAGAAUUGGAAAUGGCCUUGGAUUGGAAUAAAGAGCUAGAACAAGUGGUACGAAAUCGAGACGCUGUUGCAUCGCAAUACACCGAAAUGGUGGAGAACAUCAACCAGUCGGCGCAGCAGAAACUGCAAGUGUGCGAACAGUGCGGCGCAUACCUCUCUCGCCUCGACAACGACCGCCGACUUGCGGACCACUUUGUGGGUAAGAUGCAUUUGGCCUAUGUGGAGAUGAGACGCGCAUUGGCUGAACUCAAGGGCCGCUAG